AUGGAAUAUCGAUUGGAGCAGCUAAAAUUGCAGCUAAAAAUUGGGUUAGGUGGUGUGCGAAUGGUUGGGAUAUGGGGGCUUGGAGGUGGUGGUAAGACCACUCUUGCUACUACUUUUUACAAGAAAUUUUCUCUUAAUUAUGAUGGUUGUUGCUUUCUCGAAAAUAUAUGGGAAGAAACCCAAAAUCAUGGUUUAAAACGUUUGCAAGCAAAAAUUCUCUCAACUAUUUUUGGCAAAAAAAUGCAAGUUGGGAGUGUUGAAUUAGGAAAAGACAAGAUUAAACAAAUGUUAUGCAAUAGAAAAGUACUGAUUAUUCUUGAUGAUGUCGAUCAUCUUGACCAACUCAAGGCGUUUGCUGGAUGUCGUAAAUGGUUUGGUGAUGGAAGCCGCCUAAUAAUUACAACUAGGGAUCAACAUUUGCUGACAUUUAUAGACGAGACUGAGGUCUCGCCUCUCAGUUUAUUGUCACAUGAAGAAGCUGUAAGUCUCUUUAACAAGCGUGCAUAUAAUGCGAAAACCCUAUACAAGAUUAUGAAGUGCUUUUGUUGGAAAGAUUAG